AAACUUGGCUCGUAAGAACACGCUGGAUGCCGCGACAUGCCACGCCGUACCGAGCGGUUCCACGCAAACCCAUACCAAAAACAGCUGAAGCCAAAGAAUGACAGCUACCGGGCGCUGCAUCCCCCGUGCCCUCUGGCCCACGGCGCUACAGGCGGCAUCAAGAAAAUCGGCUGUCUCAUCCCAGGUGAGAUGUGCCGCGUCUGGCGCCGCCACGGUUCCCAGAGUUCCGACUUCAGAGCCGGUGGCGCCGCCAAGUUCCCCCCCGUUCGCGGCCGAUCCCGAGUCUCCAGUACGGGACAGAGAAAAUGACGGCCUGGCCCCGAGGCCUGUGGGCGCGACACUCGCCUCCCGUCGGGACCGCAUCCGGGACGCCAAACCCUUCUCGGAUUUUCUGACGGACACGUUCCGCCGCCAGCACGACUACCUGCGCAUCUCGGUCACGGAGCGGUGCAACUUGCGAUGCCUGUACUGCAUGCCCGAAGAGGGCGUGCCGCUUUCCCCACCCAAGGAGCUCCUGACGACGCCCGAGAUCGUCAUGCUCUCGUCCCUCUUCGUCUCGCAGGGCGUGACCAAGAUACGGCUCACCGGAGGCGAGCCGACCGUCAGACGAGAUAUCGUGCCGCUGAUGCAGCAAAUCGGAGCGCUGCGCGCACAUGGGUUGCGAGAGUUGUGUCUCACGAGCAACGGGCUCUCGUUGCACCGCAAGCUCGAACCCAUGGUUGAGGCCGGCCUGACGGGCGUCAACCUCUCGCUCGACACGCUGGAUCCCUGGCAGUUCCAGCUGAUGACGCGGAGAGCGGGCUUCAGCGCGGUCCAGAAGACCAUCGACCGCAUUUUUGAGCUGAAUAGGGCCGGUGCGGGCCUCAAAUUCAAGAUUAACUGCGUCGUCAUGCGCGGCCUGAACGACCGCGAGAUUCUCCCGUUUGUGGAGUUUACCAGGGACAAAGAUGUUGAGGUGCGCUUCAUCGAGUACAUGCCUUUCGACGGCAACAAGUGGAGCGAGGGCAAGAUGUUCAGUUACCAGGAGAUGUUGGACCUGAUCCGCUCCCGGUAUCCGGACCUGCAGAGGGCCAAGGACCACAAGAACGAUACGAGCAAGACUUUCCAGGUGCCCGGGUUUGUGGGCAAGAUCGGCUUUAUCACGAGCAUGACGCACAACUUCUGCGGCACGUGCAACAGACUCCGAAUCACUAGCGACGGGAACUUGAAGGUGUGCCUUUUCGGCAACGCCGAGGUCUCGUUGCGAGACGUCAUACGAAAGCUGAACGGGGGCGAGCCGAUCGACGAGGCAGCCUUGGAAUCGCUCCAACAGGCCGCUCUGAGGAGCAAAGGAAGCCUCGCGCCGGACAGCCCUCAACCACUUGUGUUGCCCAACUCUGAAGAGCUUCUCAAUGUCAUUGGCAUGGCUGUCAAGAGGAAGAAGGCGAAACAUGCUGGGAUUGGCGAGCUAGAAAACAUGAAGAACCGGCCGAUGAUAUUAAUUGAUCCGUCAGCGAGCUGCAAGCGCCUUCCUCGGACUCACCUGCGAUGGCAGGAAGCCGGGCUAUGCCCAACCCCCUCGCCAUACAAGAAAACCCUCCCGUUUCCCCUAGCACCCAGCCUCACCGUUCCCAGCCAUGCCAGCGCGCACCAACCCCGCCUCUUCUCAACCUCCCCGCGCCGCUCUUCCUCUUCUUCUUCCUCCUCCUCCUUCCCCUCCUCACCUGCAGGAAAAGACAACCCCAGCGCGACCCCCAGCGCCAGCGGCAGCCCCAGCCCCAGAUUAACCCACGUCACGGGCUCCGGCGCCGCGCACAUGGUCUCGAUCGCGGACAAGGCGGCGACCAAGCGCGUCGCGCGGGCCCGGUGCCGCGUGCGCUUCUCCUCGCCGCUCGCGCCGGCCCUCGUCCGCGCCAACCAGAUGAAGAAGGGCGACGUGCUCGGCGCGGCGCGCAUCGCCGGCAUCAUGGCCGCCAAGCGCACGCCCGACCUCGUCCCGCUGUGCCACCCCGUCGCGCUGACGCAUGCCGAGGUCGAGCUCCGGUUUGUGUCUGGGGAGAGGGGGAAGGGGAAGGGGAAGGGGAGUGCGGAUGGUGAGAGAGGGGGAGAAGGAGGAGGAGGAGCGGCGGCGGCGGCGGCGGCGGCGGAGGAGGAGGAGGAGAAGGAGGAAGAGGAGGCGACCGAGAUUGAAAUUACCGCGACGGUGUCCUGCGACGGCAAGACGGGCGUCGAGAUGGAGGCCCUCACGGCCGCAAGCGUCGCGGCGUUGACGGUCUAUGAUAUGUGCAAGGCGGUGGAUAAGGGGAUGGUGAUUGAGGGGCUGAGGGUGGUGCUGAAGGAGGGAGGCAAGAGUGGACGGUGGGUUGAGGGCGAGAGAGAUGAUAGGGGUUGACGGGGGCAGCAGCAUGCUCAGGGGACCAACGACGGCUGUGUUACAAGGAAAGAUAACAUCUGAAACCCCUCGGAGGCCACUGAUCCUGGCGAUUCUCCCCAAUGG